ACCCUCUGGUGUAGCAGUACCUGUGGCUGCUGCUGCUGUUGUGUGCAUUCAUUCCGUUGAGUCGUCUCUUAAACUAAAAUGAUUUCUGCGAUUUCGUGGGUGCCGAAAGGGGUUUCGAAGUCGGAGCCCAUCGUCGCCGAUCCUCCUCCGGAAGAGGAAAUUCAAGAACUCAUCGCCAACCACAAAAACGCAAGUAGUGAUGACAGUGACAAUGAUGACGCCAACGAUGAAGUAGUGGCGCAAGCAUUAACAGUGGCGAAUGCAGUUGGCAAAGCAUCCAUCGGAAACACUGACGAUAUAACGAUUGCCUUAAAGGACCUUAACAUGGACAAUUACGACGACGAAGAAGAAGGAGUUGAGUUAUUCAGUUCCGGAAUUGGUGAUCUUUAUUAUCCGAGUAACGACAUGGAUCCUUAUCUCAAAGAUAAAAACGAUGAUGAUUCCGAUGAUCUUGAAGACAUGGUUAUUAAUCCGACUGAUUCUAUCAUUGUUUAUGCAUAUAAUGAAGAUGAUGUGAGUCAUAUUGAGGUUUGUGUACUCGAGGAUGCACAUUCCAAUGAAAGGAACAUGUAUUCUCACCAUACCAUCCUUAUUCCCGCGUUUCCACUCUGCACAGCUUGGCUCGAUUGCCCUCUUAAAGGAGGAGAAAGAGGGAACUUCAUAGCUGUGGGUUCAAUGGAACCCUCCAUAGAAAUUUGGGACCUUGACGUUAUUGAUGCGGUGCAGCCAUGUGUGGUUUUGGGUGGACUCGAAGAGAAAAAGAAAAAGGGAAAAAAGAAAUCAAUCAGAUACAAAAAGGACAGUCACACUGACUCGGUACUGGGUCUUGCUUGGAACAAGGAGUACAGGAAUAUACUAGCAAGUGCCAGUGCUGACAAGAACGUAAAGAUUUGGGAUGUGGUUACUGGGAAGUGUGAAUACACGCUGGAUCAUCACGAGGACAAGGUUCAAGCAGUUGCUUGGAAUCAUCAUGCACCACAGGUUCUUCUUAGUGGUUCGUUUGAUCAUACUGUAGCCCUGAGGGAUGCAAGGAUGCCAAAACAUUCUGGCUAUUCGUGGGAAGUCUCAACUGAUGUAGAGAGCUUGGCAUGGGAUCCGCACACCGAGCACUCUUUUGUGGUGAGUCUUGAUGAUGGUAUUGUCAAGGGUUUUGAUAUUCGGAAAGCCAAAUCUGAUGGUUUUGAUAUUCGGAAAGCCAAAUCUGAUUCCUCGCAGCCUGACCCAAGUCUAACUUUUACACUUCAUGCACAUGACAAAGCUGUUUCCUCCGUAUCCUAUAAUCCAUCAGCACCUAAUCUUCUCGCUACUGGAUCCAUGGACAAAACGGUAAAACUUUGGGAUUUGUCGAACAACCAACCUUCCUUCGUAGCAUCUAAUUCUCCGAAAGCUGGGGCUAUCUUUAAAAUUUCCUUCUCAGAGGACGAUCCCUUCUUGUUGGCUAUCGGAGGCUCAAAGGGUAAAUUGCAACUAUGGGACACCUUAUCUGAUUCUGGCGUCGCUCGAAGAUAUGGCAGCUACAACAAGAAUAGAUCGCCAUCUGGUUCUUGAGAUGAUGUUGAGUUUGUCUUCCUGCACUGCUCAAGCUGUGUUGCACAAAUCAAUUUUGGUAUUCAAUGCAAAAAGUGUUUUUUAUUGUAUUUUCUAGUUUUUGUUUUUUGUGUCCUAGUAACAUAUAUGCACUCACCGAUAUGAAUGGGUACGACUUAAUUUUAUUAUGUAAUUCCAACACUAAACAAUUUUUAGUUUGGGGAUCUUUAUUUUUUGGUGAAAAGCUUAGACAUGCUUUGUACUUUUCGUUUUUGAUAAUGUACAUAAAGAUGAUUGUUUAUGCAAAUUCUUGAGACAAAA